AUGGAGAGCAAAAAUUCCGAUGAACUCCUAGAGCAAGGUCCUGUUGAAAAUGCAUGGUCGAUGAAAAUCCCAAAAUUCACACCUGAAGAUAACCCCCACGGUUUAUUAGAGGAAAGUAAGUUUGCUACUUUAUUUCCAAAGUACAGAGAACAGUAUCUAAAAGAAUGUUGGCCACUGGUACAGAAAGUAUUGAAAGAACAUAACUUAAUAUCUGAAAUGGAUUUAAUAGAAGGCAGUUUAACUGUCAAAACAACCAGAAAAACUUGGGAUCCUUAUAUCAUAAUUAAAGCUAGGGAUCUAAUGAAACUCUUGUCCAGAAGUGUGCCAUUUGAACAAGCUGUAAGAGUCCUAGAGGAUGAAAUUGGUUGUGACAUAAUAAAAAUAAAUUCGAUUGUUCGAAAAAAGGAAACCUUUUUAAAAAGACGACAGCGUUUAAUUGGCCCAAAUGGAGUGACAUUGAAAUCAAUUGAGUUAUUGACAGAAUGUUAUGUACUUGUACAAGGGAAUACUGUGUCUGCUGUUGGUCCCUAUAAAGGACUUGUUCAAGUAAGACGAAUAGUUGAAGAUACGAUGAAAAAUAUCCAUCCAAUGUAUAAUAUCAAAAGUCUUAUGAUAAAAAGGGAAUUAAUGAAAGAUCCCAAAUUGAAAAACGAAAAUUGGGACAGAUUUUUACCAAAGUUUAAAAGUAAAAAUGUACCAAGAAAACAGCCUAAAAAGAUUAAAACGAAACCUUAUACUCCUUUCCCACCUCCACAGAUAGAAAGCAAAAUUGACCAAGAACUUGCAACAGGAGAAUAUUUCCUUAAAGAUGAACAAAAGAGGGCAAAACGCCGACAUGAGAAAGAAGAGAAACAAGCUGAAGCAAAACGAUCAAAACAUGAGCAAAGACAAAAAGAUUUCAUACCACCUGAAGAGAAACCUGUUGAGACUUCUAACCCUGAUACUGCUGUAAAUAUCAAACAACUUAAAACAAAAAUGAAGAAAAUUUCCAAACACCUUAAUGGAUGUUAA